CACGGCGACCUCGGCCGUCGUCGUCUCCCGAGUGUUCCGAGUUCCGACCCGCCGCCGUGAGAUUUUCACUUUAUCAUCUCUCCGAUUGUGUUGCCUACAUUUGUGUCGCACACACAUACACGUACAUAUAUAUAUAUAAUUUCUCACAAACACACACACACACACACACACACAUUUAGUUACGAACUCGCACACUCUUCUCCUUUCUAUUACAAAGAAAUAAUAAUUAGAAUAUUUUCUAUAUUUGAUUCCGUUUUUGUUAUUGUUAUUAUUAUUAAUUUUUUAUUAUUAUUAUUAUUACGACAAUAAUUGUUUAUUUUACAAUUAUUAAGUACUAUUAAUUAUUAUUAUUAUUGACGAUAUAUCGCGAUUUAACGUUUCGUUAAUAUUUUAUUUCGUGUUAUUUCGCCGUCGUUGUUUCUGGAUCCCGUUUGUCCGUAUCUGCUAGACCAUGUUUUUUUACUCGUAGGUACACAUAUAACGCGAAGAACAACGGUAAGUGUGUUAAUGCGCAGAUGGACCAAAUUAUUUCAUCAAAAGUUGGUUCAACGCAGUGGGAGUACGCCAGUGAAGUCGGUGAGUAAAUAAUAAUAAAACAAAUUGUUAAAAUAUAGGUAUCUUAUAAUAAGGGUUAGCUAGUGAAUAAUUAUUAUAUAAUACCAAUAGUAACUGUGAAAACGGAUGCGUUUUGGCUAUCAGAAAAUAAUAUUAUUACCUAUCCUAAAUUCUUAUUCUCUUCGUCUAAAAUUCUAUUAUAAUUUCUUCUUUAGCAGAGUCUUUGUGUUUUACCUAAAUAUAAGAAUUAGAUUGUACUAGAAAUUGAGUGGGUGUAUGUGUGUAGUGUUAAAUGAUUGCACUUGUGACUAAUAAUUUGGUUGAUUGGUCCAAUGGUGAUAUUUAUUUAAAUAUUUAUUCAAGAGCAUUUUUGAACAAAAUAUAAUAUGAAGACAGUUUGGGUUUCAACAUUUUGGUUUAAUAUUCUUUAUUAUUUAUUGAUUAAAUAGCCCAACUAAAUAAUUUAUAGGUGAAUAGGCUACUUUAAAAGCACAUAUUUACCACAAAUCUACUACGGGAUGGUUCUGUCGAGAGCCUUGAAUAAUUUGAUUUUAGGACUAUAGGAAUAAUUUUUAUUUUCUAUGGGACAUAGUUAGGACAUCAAUACGAGAUGUGUCUAAGACAACAUUGCGAUGAUCUUAUUUAAUUUCUUUAUAUAUAAAAAUUUGUAUGUAACGUUUAAUUAUUAGAAUUUUAUAAUUGUGUUUUUUUGUAAUUGUAUCUAAAAUUGGUAUAUAAUUAUUAUUUAUUUAUGUAGGUAUUUGUAAAUUUUAAAUUGAUCGAUUUAUGUAUAAUAACUUAAUAUUUUGGAUUUUAACACUAUUAUAUAUCUAGUGAAAUUUAUUUUAUACUUGUACUUACUUCUAACCUAUCCAAUUUUUAACUAGCUAACUAAUAUUAUUGAACUUAGUACAUUAGUUUUGUAGGUAAUUCAUAUUAUACGAUUUAAAAGAUAAACUGAGUUUUAUAAAUUUGUGUAGGGAACUAGGUAUCUUAAUUAAUAUGGAUACAUAGAUUUACAUUUUAUUAAUACAUACUCACCUAUGUGAAAAAUAAAAUAUUUCAAGUUAGAAGACAUUUAAGAUAAAUUUGGAGCAUUGCCAUCAGAAUAUCUUAUUCUAAAUUCUUCUAGUCUUAAUUAUAUCUUGGAUUGAUUAAUGACGUGUCUAUACUAAAUUGAAUAAAAUACUAAUACUAAUUUAACUGAUUACUGAUUGUCAAAUCAAAUCUCUGGAAUAAUAUAUCCUAAAUUAUAAUUAGGUAGGUAUGUUCUAUUUUAUUAUUUAUGAAGGUAAACAUUUUUUAAUAACAUCUGAAAUAUAAUGAAAUGUUUAAAAUAUAUACACCUGAAUUACUACAUAGUAUUUAUUUUAUAAUUUUUACAUUUCACUCAUUGUCUUUGUUGAAUUAUUCUACAUGCAUCACCAGAUACCUACAUAUAUAUUAAAUAAUCUCGUUACUAAAUUAAUUCAAUACUUAACAUAAUCUUCAAAAUAGAUUUCCUGCAAUUAUUUAAAUAUUUAUUGCACAGCUUGUAAAGGAAUAUAUAUCAAUGUAAGCUAUUUUUUAGAAAGCACAAAAAUUUUAAUUAAUCUAUAAAUACCUUAGUACCUUUUAUUUUACAGUAAAAUUAAAUGUUAUCAUUUUUACAACAUAAAAACUUUCCGAUUGUUGUAUAUUUUUUUAUUUUAAUUAUGAAUUCAAAUUUAUGUUUGUCUUAAAAAUAUAAGUGCCUAUUAAAUAUAUAAUUUAAAUAUUUAUUAGAUAGGUACCUAAUGCCUAUAUCCAAAUUUAAUUUAUUUUAUUUUAUUUAACAAUUUUAGGAAGAAACCAGAUUUGAAUAUAAAAUGUGUAUUCUAUUAUAAUGGAUAGUCCAAGUUCAAUAACUGGUGGUCGUCGAAGGCUUCCAACAACUCAUUACGCUGAAGAUCAAGCAUUUGACCAAAUAGCAAAAGAAGUAAGAAAAAAAAUUAAUUUUUAAUUAUUACUUAUUGUACUGUAUAAGCAAGGCCAACUUAAAGCAUUUUGGUCUGUCUGGGCUUUGCAAUGGCCAGGUAAUUUAAAUUUAAAUCCGAACCAGGCCAGAUAUUUAUACAAAAACUACUGAUCAUCUAUUAUAUUUUUAUUUUUAACCUAAUACUACCAGUUUUACAAGAAUAUAAAAGUCACAUUCAUACAAAAAUGAUAAAAAUAAAUCCUGGCCAAACCGGCUUUGAAAAAAAAUGUUAAGCGUUUUUUCUUUGUCAAUAAAAUAUCUGACCUUCAGAAAUUGAAAAACCCACUUCUCAUAUUUUAAAUUGUAAAGUAUGCAAGACUUUUUUUUUUUGUGAACGAUUCAGUUUCACAAUUAAUGUAUGUACUGAUCAUCUUUUAAAAUUAAUGUUUAUAAAUGUAAAUGAUAUGCUCUUGAGUGAAUAGCCAAUCAUAAAAUUAUCUUGUACAAAACAAUCCAGAAUGGUUAACACUACCUCGCACCACAACUACUUCUAAUUCCCUAAAUAAAAACUUGUAGAGAAUCAAACUAAACAAUAAUUUUGACCCUUAUUUGGGUAUGCACUAAUUUAUUUAUGAACUACACCACUGGACUUAAAGAACUCAAAAAGCAGGUAACAAUUACAAUAGUAUAACAAAAAUUAAAAUAUCAAUUUAAUUUUAAACCAAUAAGAUAUAAUUUUUUAUGAGAAGGAACAUAGUAUAAUUUUAUUUGAUUUAUCUACAUUCCGCUUAUUCGGCUUUAUUGAAAAAAAAAAUAUAAUUUUCAAUAUUAUUUAUUACAUUAUAGGUACCUAUUGGGUGUAGGCAAGGGAGUUGGGUUUUCAAAUUAUAUGUUUUGUUUUUACUUAAAAUCAAUGUUAUAACCAGAGACCGGAUUUAUAUGUUUUUUUAUAAUCCACAAAAAAGCACUUAAAGACGUCAAAAAGCCUUGAAAAGAAUCAAUUAAAAAUUAUAUAAAACUGCAAAAAUAAUAGAGAGGUUUCAUAGUCCCCCUCUCCCUCUAACGGAUUAAAUUUAUAAAUACAAUUUUCUAACACCACAACAAUUAUUAAUAAAAAAUAAUAUUUUUUUUAUAAUACAUACAAUUUAAUUUAAAAUAAAUUAUUUUGUAUGAAUCAAUUUCGUAGUUUUAGGAGAUUUGAUUUAAUAAGUUAGAGCCAUUAGUGGAGGGGGACUUUUAAACUUCUCUAUCAUUUUUUCUUUUAAAAUUUUUGUAAAUGCUUUUUGCAGAGAUUUUUUGAUGUUUUAAAACACCUUUUCGUGGAUUAAAAGAGAAUAUAAAUCCGACCUCUAGUUAUAACCGAUUUAUUAUUUUUGUUAAUUUUUGUUUAUAUUAACAAUAAUAAUAUCCCCCCCCUAAAAAAAAAAAAAAUGUUUACUAUCUACAAUGAUAAUAUAAUAUAUUAUAAUUAAAGUUUGAAUGUUUAUGAAAUUGCAUAUUAUUUCUGUUUAUCCAAUAAACCUGGAUACAAAUUUGAUUCAUAUUCAACUGAAUCAAAUAAUACUAGUUUUAUUUUGCAUAUUUUAAGAAUAUAAAUGCAGAUUUCAGUAUGUUUUUAAAACUUUUAAAAACCAUUUAAAAUAAUAACGAAAUGUAAAGCAAAAAUGCAUAAGAUUUGUAAAAAUUAAAACCAUUAGUGUAUCAUACUGUAACGCUUUUAUUGUAAAUUAAUAGGUACCUAAUAUUAAAAAAUUUCUAAUAAAAAUUAAAUACUUGAGGUAAAAUGUAUUGUUUUUUUUUUUUUUUUUGCAUAUUUUGGUGUUUUUAUUAACUUAAAAUGUAUAUUUUUUUAUUUUUAUAUGCAUAUUUUGAUUGAUCACACAUAUUACGGUUAUUUUAAGUGCAUGGACAUCUACACUAAUUAUAAUAUAUGUGGUAGAGUUACUAGCUAUAGCCAUGUUAAUCAUUGUUCUAGUCAAAUCAUACAUUUGUGAUUUACUGAUUAAUAGUUUAGCCUAAAAAUGUUGACCAUGUUAUCAUCAUAACAUGUAUACCACUUGAUUAAAAUUGUAGGUAUACUAAUUGUAGGUAACUAGAAUACACUAGCUGCGAACUAGUUUUUAUUAGUUUCUGUGCAUCUGAUAUAGUAAUCAAUCUACUAGUGGCCACAUAGUGGGGAAAAUCUGGCGGUUGGGUCAGUUGUGAUGCACAAACCAGGUGUAUUCUAAUUUGAGACAGGCUAAAUAUAAUUUUAGCAUCCAAUGUUUUUUUUUUUUAUUGUAUACCUAUUUCCCCCAUUUAUGGCCAGAAAACACCAAGAUCAGUACACUUUCCUACCUAAUACUAAUGGUAAAAUGAUACUGCAGUUAUUUUCGGAUGGAAUUUCGUAUGAGAAAGUUGAUAAAUAUCAAUGGCACCAUGGGUAACUUGACUUGUAUGAGAUAACCAACAAUCAAAUAAUUAUCAAUGUCACACAGAUGAGACACAGAUCUCUGGUAUAAAAUAUAACAAGUGGAAACCCAGCUUGAUGUACAAUAUUUUAUUUUUUUUUUAUUAAUAUACAAUAAUUCAAAAAGACCAAAAUCAGACGAAUAUUUUAUCGCUCAUAAUAUUGGUCUGUGUGUGAAAAGGUUCUAAGUAUUAUAAAUUCCGUUUUAUUGCAUUUUAAUUUUUUUUUUUCCAAUCAGAAGAUGGCACAAAUUGAAUAAUUGUCUAAACCAUUAAUUUUGAAUGUAACAUUCAAUAAUUGUAAAUGAUGUAAUAUUUUAAUGGAAAUUUUGAAUAAUUUUUAUCACAGAUUUGUUUAUAAUAAAACUUGAUAUUGCCGGCAAAUGGUGUUGGGCAAACAUAUGAACUCUACUGCUGUGGUCAGUAAAAUACCCAUUUAUAGCCACUUAAAAAAAAAUAUAAUAAAUGUAACUGUUAUGAUAAAUUAUAUUGUAUUUGAUCAUUAUAAUACAUAUAGUUUAUCAUAAAAGAAAAAGUAUACUGAAUUACUCAAUUGUGUGUUAUACUUAAAAAUAAUUGCAUAAUAUUUUAAAAUUCAAAUAGGUGUGACAGUUAGCUGACAAUAUUUUUUUUUUUUUAUUGAAAACAUAUUAAUAUAGGUAUUAAACAGUUUUAAAAUGAUAAAAUAAACACACAUAAAAAAUAACUAAUAAUUUUUAACAAAAAUAUUACCUACUGUGUUUAAAAUAACAAAGAACAAUUUAUUAUUUUGAUUAUGAAUUACCUAUUUUAUAUUAUUUAAUUUGAUAUAAAAAUAUAAAAUAAAAUUAGUAAUUUAGUAACAAUUAGUAAAAUAAUAAUAACUAGGAAUAUGAAAUAUAAAAAAUGUGCAAGUGUCCAUUAAAGGUGCUUUAUAAGGAUCUAUUUAAGGCCAUGACCUGUCCAUAAAUGAAGUUUUCAACAAAAUUGAGUUCUCUUCAUGGCCACUCUAUAAAAUGCAGUGUACAAAAUAGUAUUUUGAAGAACCAUAGUAUAAUAUUAUUAUAUGUUAUAAAAGGUACUUGAUAUGUAGUCAACACAAAUUAAAUCAUUUUUUCGUAAAAUAAUAAUUUAAAAUUUACAUUUCCUUACCAGUUUUAAUAAAACACAGACAAUAAUAUUAUAAACAUAUUAAUUUAAGAUAAACCAAAAAAAUGACUGACAUACUUUGCACGUGGGUGCAAAUUUAAGUUUUCUGCCCAAGUUUCAAGUCUCUACGAACAUGUUGAACUAAAUUACAUUAAAAAAAAAAUUGAAAAUAAUUAAAGCAUUAUUUUCCUAAAUUAUCAAUAUUUUCCAAUUAUUACAAAAACCAUAUAGAAAAUCGAAAAAAUGAUCUUCCUAAAGUCCCAACUACAUAAUAUUUCCUUUUAGAAAAGGUGCUACACUUAAUACAUCAGAGGAAUAAUUUUGUUAGAACAUUUGUACACAGUAUAAAUAAAAAAAAAAAAUUUAAAAACAAUAUACUCCUCACAUUGUUCAGAAUCUAAAAAAACGGUAAAAUUUAAUUAUCUAUAUAUCCACCUUAAUAUUCAACUAUAAGAUUAUAAUUGUGGAAUAAAACUACAGCUAAUAAUUAAUAAUGUUUUAAAUUAAAGUGGCCAUUUUUGAAUACUGGUAAUAGAUGGAGAGGAUUUGUUGAAUUCAUUUUUUCUGGUUUAUCAUUCUGGUAUAUAAUUGAUUUGAGUAUGGCACAUAAGACUGACUCUAUUUUGUCGAAUAUCAUAAAGCCUACAUCAUACAUACAUACAUACAUACAUCAUACUUAAUGAAGGGCUCAAGGGUGUGCCCCCAGGGGGAAGGAUUAGUGGUUAUUUUAUCUCCCAUUCUUUUCUUUUUUUUUAACCAACCUACAAACAACAACUUUCAUAAACAAUUAUUAUACAGACAACAAAAUACAGAUUACUUACAGAGUUGUACGUACACAGCACUACAGUAAAAUGGCUUAUUCACUGACCAUCAAUAUGAAUCUAGCAAAUAGCUGUUUUUAAGACCCUAGCGUUUUUAGUGGAGAAAAGAAAGCCUAGGCAGACUAUACUAUUGUCUCAAUUUUCGAGAAGAAUUUGACAAAAUACCUAUAAACCAUGGAAUAGAUAUAAUCAUCUGUAUCCGUAAUUUAACAGUAUACUAAAUUUAACUGUACACUAAAUUAAAUGUACACCAGUUAGUGACCAGGUAUCUUUAGCUUUUCAACAUAGUUGAGAUAAGCCUUUUUGAUCGCACAUCACUGUAAAAUACGAUACACCAUUUUGAAACCAUUCAAUCUAUAGCCUUUGCUGUAAUAUAAAACAAUGAAUACAUAUAUAUAGUAGAUGCCUGACUCUGUCCAUACUUAAAAGUCAACAGUCAUAAUGUAGAUUGGGCAAUGUUUACAAGCCCAUGUUAUUAAUCUUAGUGAUAACCAACAAAAUUAUAAUAAUUUAAAAUAUUAACAUUUGAACUAAAUGUAGACUUAGUAGUAUUUAAAACUAUAUUUUUAAUGAUUUGUAAUUAUAUUAUCAUAAUAAUAUUGAUAACAGAUUGUAAACAUUGCCUAACUUAUUUGGCUUCAAAUACCCAUUCACUGUUAAAUAUAUUGUCUGAAAUCCAGUAUAUACUAUAUAUCUGUGGCGACGAACAAAUGCAAGUCUCGAGCUGCUCUCUAUUAUCCCGUUCAUAUAGAAUAAUGAUUCGGUUAUCGUCGUCAUAACAGAGAAAUUCCACUAUGAGCGCUACAUAUGCGUGCGCCUAACAAUAUCGCAAUAACCGAUAACAACGACACGUCAAUACAGAACUUUUGAACUGAAAUUAUACAAAUUUUAGAUUUACUAUAGAUUAGUCUAUACUCUAUAAUAAUCUUUGGGUCUAUAUUUCCUACAUGUGUAUCUUUAACUCAGUUACAGAUUAAAAUUCAACUUUAUCUAAUCUGCGACUGUAUACUAAACAUAUUUAUACUAUUAAAAAUCAAAGAAGUAACUUCAUUAUACAUUUUAAAUUCUGAGUUUAGCGAAGAAGCUUAUAGUUUUACAAAGAUUUUUUUGUCAUCAGUACGCAACUUUUCUACCAGAAUACUAGCUCGGAUUUCUACGGGUAGCGCCUUUUCUGAAAGGAAAUUGUCACGGGGAGGUACUCUAAAGAGGUCAUUUUUCGAUUUUCUCAUCAAAUUUGAAAAACCGAAAAAUAAAACGGGAAAAUAUAAGAAAUGUAGGUAUUAUUUUAAAUAUAUUACGGCCUUCUUUUUUUCUGUGCACCUGGGAGAAAUCAUUUUUCGAUUUUCUCAUGAGUUUUCCUAGCAAAUGUGAAAAACCUGGGGAAAACGUAGGAAAACUGGAAAAAUCGGUACAACAUUAAAAAAAUAUUAUUAAAGCAAAUUAUCUUACUAUAAUAUGGCAUAUAUAUUGUUGACAAAGUAUCAUUAUCAACUGAACUCCACUCAGAAUUGUUUUUUCGUAAGUUUAUUGUUGCUUACAGGUAUGCAUUAAAUUAUCUAUAAUAGUGCCUACACCCAUCCCCAUUAUCUUGGGACAUCUUUUUUUUUUUUUUUUUGCUGUGUACCAAAAUUCUACCAGAAAUCUUCCUCCAAGCACCUUUUCUGAAAGGGAAUUUUCCUGGGGUGAUACUUUAGGGAGAUCAUUAUAACUAUUGUUAUAGUGUCAUAGGAAAAUGGUAUACAUAUAUGCUGCCUAUAUUUGAAGAAAAAGUAAUAUAUGGAUUUUUUUUAGGUUUUUAAAAAUUUAUAUUUUUAAUGUAUGGAAAAUAAUAUGAAUCAUAUUAAAAUUAAAUGAUAUGAUGCUAUGUAGUGUUCAUAUUUCAGUUCAGAAUAUUCAGAAUAAAUACCAUAAACUUAUAAUAUAUCAUAAAUAACCGUGAAUUGUGAUAAAUACGUAUGUUUACAAAAUGUACGGUAAUAGUGAUAAUACAAUAAAACGUCCUAAAAAAUAAAACUAUUAAAUACAACAUAUUACUAAUUUUAUAUUGGAUUCGGGAAUUCGAUUACGUUCAAAAACUGGUUGGGUUACUGACAAAACUAAUUGGACUAAGCCCACCUAAGCCCCCUCUCCUAAUUGCGCAUGAUUUAAGCAAUCAAAAACUAGAAAUAUCUCAAUAAAAACAAAUUAAUUGCUUUAGAUGAAAAGGAAAUUACCCAACAUCUAAUAUUUUUAUCCUGUGAAUAUGUAAAUUUUAUAAUUUUAUUAACUAUUUAAUUGUUAAAGAUAUUGAUUAAAUUACAUGAGAAGUUAAGAUUACAAUAAUGUUUUGUACCCAAUUGUUUUUAUUGACAUAGUAACGCAAACGUGUAAAAAAAUGAUUCCAUUAUUUAUUCGUGUAUGCAAUAUAAUAAUAAUAUAAGUAGGUACCUAAGGUCUACUUACGUCAUGUUUUUCUGCUAUUCUGUACAGAUUGUAUAUUUCUCCUCAAAAAAAAAAAAAAGUUUUUCUGUGUUUGUGACCAUAAUGUUCACUGGUUUUUCUGCUAAAUACACUUGUCCUAAAAAUAAAUUAUUUGAAUAGUGGUUAGUUUUUAUAGUUUUGUUGUUAAUUAUAAUCAUAAUAAUCUUUAAAAAGUAAUUCAUAUAAAUUUAGAAUUAUUUACUCCACAAAUGACGUUUUUGUUGUCUAUAUUUCGAGUUCCAUGGGAUUUAGGGAGUAGAGUAAUAUAGGUUAGUAAUAUUUAAAAUAUUUGUAAAUAAAUGUAUUAUUGGUGAUUAAUAAAUUGUCGUCAAAUUUAAAACUAUUAAUAUCUAUUAAACCUAAGUAAAAUGUAAAUUUUACUCGAGUGUUGCGAUGAAAAAUACUUACCAUAACAAAACUACAGCUAUACUUGCGAAAACGCACAAAAUGUUCUAUGUGUAGUUAGAAGGUGUCAUUCGGUUUUGAAAAUAAUAUAUAAAGUGUAUAAUUAAUUAAAUAUUCAUUAUUAACCGGUGAUUUAAAAUUUUGUUCCUAUAAACCUAUAAAUAUGGAUAAUAUAAUAUAUGUACCUAUAUAUUAUCUAUGCCUAUAAAUCGUGAUGAUGGAAUGAUUACAAAAUAAUUAUUUCAAACACGAAUUAAGAUUUAAUUAAGAUAUAUCUUAAUUCAUGAUUACAAAUAAACGUAAUCAUAGAUAUCAAUGAUAAUAAACUGAGAUACUGUUCUUGAUUAUAAGCACGGUCUUAGAAGAUGUAACUGACAUCUGGUACAAUUGUUUAAGACGUUGUAAGUUCUUAGUUCUUUGAAUUCUUUUGAAUUCAAAAGUUAAACGCAACACUCAAUUAUUGGUCAUAAAUAAAUACAUUAGGGGAUAAAUAUAUUGUUGUUGUCAAUAACUUGUUGACACAAUUAUUUUAUUAUGUACACGACCGUGUACUAAUAUAUUAUUAUAUAUUGGUCUAUUAUAUUAUUAUUCCGUAAUUUUAACGUCAUUUAACUUGAUCUUGAAAUGGGGGGGGGGGGUCGCGAUAGUAAAAACACUGAUAUACACCGCUAUUAAAGAUAUAUAUAUAUAUAGAAAAAACUAUAAUCAUGGUUGCUUAGAUCGGUGAAAGAAUAUUCAUUCGAUGAACUGUAUGAACUGAUUUGUUCAUAGAUAGUGCAAUCUAAACCAGAAUGCAAUUGAAUGAAUGAAUGAUUUCAGUUUAUUUCACCAAUGAAGUCCAUAAGAUCAAUAAGAUCCGUUCGUUUGUGAACAACCAGUAGCGUACGCAGGGGGGCUUAGGGGUUAUAUCUCUAAUAGAGACCACUAAACCACUACAACAUAAAGAUCAUAGACUAUAAUAAAAUAAGCAAUAUCUGAAAAUUAUAACUGUAUGGUAAACCAAUUUUUAAAUUUUAAAUGAACCAAAUAUCUUAUAUAAUUAACUAAUGUACACGUGUAUUAGCUGUUCGGUAAUAACCUAUUUUUAAAAAACUUAUGAUACAGUCAACACAUUAAAUUAAAUAGGGGAAUAAUUCUACAUUUUUUAACAGGCUGAAGCUCGUUUAGCCGCAAGACGCCAAGCACGAGCUGAAGCACGAGAAAUUCGUAUGCGUGAAAUUGAACGACAGCAAAAAGAGGCUGAAGAAAAUGCAGAUAAAGCUUUUGAUAUGAAUGUAGCAGGCAAGUAUUACUAUAAUUUUUUUUAUUAAAUAUUAAAUACUUGGUUGCGUAAAACUUGUUCAUAACUAUUUAUAAAUUUAGUGUUAAUUAUUUAUAUAAUGAUAAAUUAAUGUUUUAACAUGACAUACUAAAUUUACGAGAAUGUUACUCAAUUAUUAUUUUAUAUUCAGGUUAUUACCAGAAUACUGGUUAACUAAUAUAUAGUUCCUAUAUAUCGGCUGUAGAAGUAAUGCAAAACAUUGAUAAAGGAAAUUUAACUAUACAUAUAUUUAAAUCCAGAUAAACAAGUUUAUCUCUAUAUAAAUAUUUGGUGCAAAGUGCAACCCAGCAUUAGUAUCAAAUAUUUAUUAAUUAUAAGUUUUUAAUUUUUACUAUCAAUUUAAUUAGUUGAUCAUAAUUACAUAAUACAUCUUAUAUAUUAAUUUGAAAUGUCACUAUAAACCAUAUUAUUGUAGUAUUACCACACGUAUAUAAUAUUUCAAAAAUCAUGCUAUUAAAUAUUAAUUACCUAGAUCAGUGUUUCCCAACCUUUUUAAUUAAACGCCCCUUUUAGAUUUAAAAAAAUUCUCACCGCUCCACAGUGAGCUGAAAUGAAAACUAGCCCUCCUAAAUUAAUACCCCUUUCAUUUUAACCAUUUUUUCAAUAUUUUACAACAAUUUAUAAGUUUUAAGGAUCCUGAACCUAAAUUUCAUAUCUUUUUUUUUGAUUAGCCCCUAAUUAAGAGGAACUAGGGGCAGGAUUUUAGCUAUCAUUGUAAAAUUAAGUAUAUUAUUACUUUAUCAAUAUAAAUACUAUCCCAAAUUUGCCAGAAUAUAUUUUGAACAUUUUUGAAAAUAAAAAUCUAUUGACUGAAUACUCUGCAGAUUGAGAAGUUCAUUGUUUCUCAACAUUUUAAUCAUAUCAAAAUAUAUCUAAUGUUUCUCUUCUGCUUAGAAGAAGUACCUAAAAUAGUUUGAUUCAAUUAUUAAAAAAAAAUUAUACCAGUAAAAUACAGUACUUCUGUAGUAUUCAAAAUUAAUACCGUGCACAGAGGCAAAAAAAAAAGGCAAACGAAACUAUUAUGAAAUUAAUAAAUAAUACUAAGACUAUAAUAUAGAGGUAGUUUCAAUGAGUAAAUUUUUAAAUAUUUACCUUAUUCUCGAGAAUUCAUUUUAUUGUUCCUAAAAUGUGUCAGGUUUUUUAAUUAGGUUCAGCAGUUUUUAUACUAUGUCUGCCCUUAGCCCCCAUUAAUAAGGAGCCCAUCAAAAAACUAAUACGAAAUUUGGGUUCAGCGACUCUUAAAACUUAUAAAUUGAUGUGAAAUAUUUAAAAAUGGUUUAAAUGAAAGAAGCAUUAAUUUAUGUGAGCUAGUUUUCAUUUCAACCCGCUGUGCGCCCCAACAAUAAAUUUAAAAAAAAAAUAACCAUGUAGUUUGUAUAAUUCAGCCAUAUAAUUUAAAGUGAAAAAUAAAUAUUUUCUUCACAUUAUGUUCUUGAACAUUUUAUUAUGAUUACGAAUAAGUAUAACAUACACGCACUUUAAAUUAUAAUUUCUUAUAAUAAAUGCAAGUGUUGGUACAAUUAUCGGAAAUAUCCAUAUGAAAAUUGAACUAAACGAAGCCUAUUGGUAUUGAUAUGAUAAGAUAAAAGCUUGUUUAUUACCAUUCCACAGUUAUUGUAGUGUGUUGUGUGUGCAAAAUAUUAAAUUAUUUUUUAAUGUAUGCAGAUAUACAUUUCAUUUCAAUAAGUUAUGAUUUUGGUGUUAAUGGUUUAAUAAUAAUAUAAUUAUUUUUCAUUACACAAGUCACAGUAGAAUCGCUCCUAAAGUAAAAAGCCCCACCUCAAAAUUAAAAAACCCCACAAGGGAGUGGUAUCGCCCACAUUAGGAAUCACUAACCUAGAUAAAUACUAAGAACUAAUUUCGGAAUGAGAUUGGGACAAAUAUUGAAAAAUUAUAAUAUAUUAUAUUAGCUUUAUAAAAUAAGAAGAAAAAGUUAGUAUUUGUUGAAAAGGGUUUUUAUUUUAGGAUACCAAAAAUACAAUGAAAAUAAACUAAUUCAAAUUAUAGGUUCUUACUUGUUUUUUUAUUUUUUUUUUUGAAGCUGAUAUACAUAACUUUAAAUAGAAUUUAUUAACAAUCCCAUAAUAUUACAUACUUUUUCUUUUUUACCAUUUUCUUCUAUUUUCACCUCUGCACCUUCAAACAAAUUUACUUCCAACAUUUUAUUUGGGACACUGUAUAUAAAUUACCUAGUUUUAAAGUAUUUUGUUCAUUUGAAUAAGUAUUAUCUUAUGUUUACUUUAUGACAACUAACACUUCAGUUUUAUUGUAUAAACCUAUAGCUUAAAGAAUUUUCUGAUAAAGAGAUAACAAGUGUUAUUUAAAUAUUGACAAUAAAAUAUAAUAUAUUCUUUUACAGUUUGUAAUUCUUUUUUUUUAGAUGGGUCUAGUAUAAAUCGAGUAUCUCGAGUUGUUUCAUCAAAUACUCCUCGAUCAGCUAGUUCAAUAAUAAAUUCAAACAGUUACCAAUCUAGUCGACGUAAUUCGGUUGACUCUCUGGAUGAAACAACCCCAAAUUUCCGAGAUUUUAGGGUAUGAUAUAGUUAUACAAUUAAAGUAAACUAUAAUUUUAUAAAAUUAUUAAAUAAUCAAUUUUAUAGAUGGAACUAAAAGACCUUGAAGAAAAGUUCCGGAAGUCAAUGGUUCAAAAUGCUCAACUUGAUAAUGAAAAAGCUGCUAUAACAUAUCUUAUUGAAUUAUAUAAAGAUAAAUACACAGACAUUGAAGAAGAACUAAUACAUAUAAAAGUAAUUAAAAUAUUUUACAAGUUAUUUAUAAACUAUUUGUAUUAUUUCUUUAAUAAAAUAUCAUAUUUUUUGUUUAGCGUGAAUAUAAGGAAAGUACAAGAGAAAAUGAUAAGUUAAAACGAUUAUUGGCUACUCAAAAAUUAGAAUGUUUAACUCUUCGACAUGAAUUACAAGAACGAGAUAGACUUAUUGAGGUGAAAUAUCAAUACUAAUUUAAUUUAAUUCCUAUUAUUUCCAUUCAGAUACAAAUAUAAUUGAAUAUCUUUAACAAUAACAAAAAAAAGAAAAGAAAUAGAUUUUGUUUAAUUUAUGUGCUUCUAAAAAUAUUAAUACCUAUUAGCUACAAAUCAUGUUAUUCUUUUGAAGAAUAAACUUUGAUAAUUGUUUUUCGUAUUGAUAGAUCAUUUAUUUUAUUUAAAAAUGUAAUCGCACCCUCUUCAUAAGCUAAUAUAAAAUAUAGCCUACUCAAAUGUGCAUAUUUUCUUCUCCUUCCCCUUCAUCUCAUUUAUUUGGGAUCAGCCACCCCCAAAUGUGCAAAUUAUUAGUGUACAGUGUAACCUUUAAAUACCGGACACUUUUGUCAACUAUUCACAGGUAUUCGUUUUUUAGAGGGAACAAUUGUGUUUUUAUUAAGUCAAUUAAUUGAAUAAAUUUUAUUUUUACAUUAAUUAAAGACAUCUUAAAGUCAACCACUGGAUGGAUAAUAAAAAAUAUACAGUAUAACAAUGUACAUUCAUAAUAAUAAAAGAUAACUUAAUAAUGUAGGCUUUUAGGUAUUCUAUAAUUAUUCUUAAUUUACAAUAAAAAUGAUCAAUAUCAAUGUUAAAAAGUGUCUAUUAUUUAGUGUUCUGUUUUUAGAGGUGUCCAUUAAGGGAGGUUUCAUUAUAUAUAAUUUGUAAUAUCUAAACAAAGAUUUUAUUUUAAUACAAAAAUAAUAGUAGAAUUUAUUGUUAAAACUAAUAUCUAACCAUUAAUAAUAUUUUUCUCAAUUUUUCUACUUUGAGUUUAAACACUAUUCAAAAUUACUUUUUUUCACUAAUUAUAUAUUAUAUAUUAGGUAUUAAACAUUUGAAAAUGUAGAAACAAUACCUUUAUAAUAUAAUGUAUUCAAUUUGUGUUAUUAUUAUUAUUAUAGGAAAAAGGAUUAGUUAUUAUCAGUACAGAACAAGAAGUGCCUCAUGAUAAUAAUCAAAGCAAUAUUAAAAUAAAACGUGCAUUAGUUACUGUUGAAAAUGCUCAGCUAUUACAUGAUGCCGGAGAAGGUUGUUUAGGUAAAAAUUUUGCCCCAACUUAUUAAUUUCUUGAUAAUUUAUUUAUAUAGUCUUUGUUAUUUAUUAUAGCAGUGUAUGUAAUAAAAUGCUAAAAUACACAUUUCAGUCAUUUAUAAUUAAAUUUUAUAUGAUUUAGAUAAACCUGAUAAACUGCUUUAUUUAUUUGACACUAAAAGUAAAUAUUUUGGGGUUAUUCAGAUGUACGACUUAAAAAAUUCACUGAAGAACGAGAUAACUAUAUACAUGAAAUUAAUCGGCUCAAAUUAGAAUUGCAAGAUGCCAAACGCCAUAAUGAUCGUAAUUUUAAUGGUACAGACUCAGAUGAUUUGGAAGAUGCCCAAAGUAAAAAUUGGCUUAGUUUCAAUAGUAAUUUAAAAAGUGCCAGUAAAUUUAUUUGAUGUUUUAUUUUUUAGAAGAAUCAAAUAGAGUACUUGGAAAUUAUAAGUUCAAAUGGCAAAAGGCUGAACAAGAUAUUUCUACAUUACAAGCAAAUGUAAUUUAACUAAUUAAUAUUUAUAUAUUUAUAUAUUUAUAUAUUUAUUGUUAUUAGUAUUAUACAUGAUUUUUCAUUCACCUAUAAAUAUAUUAAUUUAUUUAAAUUUAGGUAGCUAGACUUGAAAGUCAAGUUAUUAGAUAUAAAACAGCUUCUGAAGCAUCUGAGAAAAGUGAAGACGAUCUCAAACUAGAAAAACGAAAACUACAGCGUGAGGUAACUAAUUAAAUUUUGAAAACCUAUUAAAUAAGUUAGCUGAGGUCACUUUCAGGGUAUCGAACUUAUUUUAAACUUCUUUUUCUCUAAAUCGUGGCUAUAUUUUAAUAAUCAUAUGUGAAUUGAACAUGAUUAAAAAAAAAUGUAUAUAUAUAUAUAUAGUAAUGUAUUCCCAAUUUUUCUUGUCUGUGAAUCACUUUUCUUUCAGAAAUGUUACUCCAUUUAAAUAAUAACGAGUUUUUUGACAAAUAUCUGAUCUAGUUGAUGUAUUUGGGAGAUCAUUUUUUGAUUUUUCAAAUGAUUUUCAUAGUAGUAAGACAUACCUGGAAAACCAGGGUAUCCUUAUGUUACACAUGUAAUUAAUCUUAAUAUUGAAUACUGAAUGUUUCUAAAGUUUCAAUCAAUUUUAAAUAGAAAUAUAAUUUAUUAUUUAAUGUUUUUAAUCUGCUCAUAAACAAUUUUAACUGAAAAUAUUUAACUAUUUACCAAUUUUAAAAAUAUUGCUAUGAAUCAAGUGUCAUUUAAUAUCUAAAAAGAUUGACAUAAAAGUUACCCCAGCAGAAGGACACAUUUUAAAAACGCAGGGAUUUUUUGUUUCUGGGUUGGCAACUCUGUUCUGUUGUUUUUCUUGUCUGAUAAAAUACCCUAUAAAUUAUUGCAAAGUAGUUUUUGGCAUUCAUAUUUCAAAGAGAUUUCAUGGAGAGGUUCACAGUUAGACAACGUGUAACCAUAGUGAAAACGCAAUACAAGUGUCUAGGAAUGUUGGGAAAGUUUCAGACAAAACAAUCACCCUUUGCAAGUGACUGUAACUCAUUUGUUGGAUAAAUUCAAGAAAACUGACUCAGCUGUGGACAAGAAAGCCACCCAUCAGAGGAACAUUCGAUGGCCAGAAAACCAUAGUGUAAGACAAUGUUUAAUUGAGGUGGCAUAAGUCUGUUUACAACUGGGUAUGUCUCUAAGUUCUGUUCAUUGUAUGUUGAAAAAUGAGCAUUAUCUGCAUCCAUACAGGAUCCAGUUGACACAAGAAUUGAAGCUAACAGAUCACGGUAAGAAAAGAAUCGGUAGAAUGGUGAAAUGGGUAAAGAGAUGUAUGUGAAAGUGUAUCACCAGUUUCAACAAUAACACUACUGCAUGUAAGGAUCAUGGAUGUGGAUGUUCAUUCAAAAUCAUUUUAUAUCAUUGAAUUGGAAAUUGUUAUAGUUACAAUACAUUUUUUCUCUUGAAAUUUUGAUGGUUUUUUGCUGAGUUAUUGUGUUCUUAAAAUUGCACUUCUGCUGGGUUACACAAUACUUUCUACAGUGGGUAGACCAUAGUCAAGAACGCCCAUAGGCUAAUUUUAACAUGGGGAACAAAACUAGAUUUUCAAACCUAUUGAUAUCAUAUAGAUAAUAGAUUAGUAUUUCUUGAAAAGAAAUGAAGGAGAAUGGGUAUGUAAUUAUGUAAAUAUUAGCUUUUAAAAAAAACUAUUAAGUGCUAAAAUCAAGAUAUUAUAAUAUUUUACUAUUUAUAGUUAACAUUAUACAUUUGGAAGAUAAUUAGAUUAUUUAUACUUUAAUAAUAACACUAUAAAUAGCAAUUAACAAAUAUCAUUGUAUAAGAACCAUAAUAUGAAAUACCUAUUUUACAUUUAUUUGUAUGGGUUUAAAGCAUACAUCUUUUUUUUUUUUGGAUAUUAAUUAUAAGGUAUACAAUUACUUUUACAUUGUGACUUAUACAGUUCAAUACAUGAUAUAGAUGUCAUAAAAAGGCCAAAUCUUUUUUUAUAAAUGUAAUAUUGUUUUGUCAUACUGUAUUUACAUGAUGUUAUAUAAUAUUCAAAAUAAAAUAUACAUGUCUCUGCUUGUUGUCACCAAUGAGGUUAGUCAAUUAAAAAUACCCAGGCAAACAAGGUAAUACUGUAUUAUACUGGUGUUUUUUGAGUGUAGUAUAUUACAUUAACUCAUAGUACUAAUUUUAUAUUUAUAUUUUCUACAAAUUCUACUCAUACUAUGUGUAUUUCUCAUCACUAGCAUCACCCACUCACCCAUCCUCCACUAAUAAAUUUAAUUGGGACAAAUUGGUACCUCAAGUUUGGUGCCACUUUUUUUACCUGACUACACAGAGAAUAUUGUGUUCAGGGUUCAUAUAAAUGAGAUGACCUACAUUAUAUCAGUUAGUCACUGAUAUUUUUCUCGGCCUUUUUUAAAAAUAAAUAAUUUAAGGGCUAUGGAAACCGAUAAUAGUAAAAAAAAAUUAAAAUAGGGUAAUUAUAAAAUUAUCAUUUUGUUAUUUUCUUCCAAAUAGAUUGAUAUCUGAAUCGAGUUGGGUCAUAAAGAUCACAAUCCGUGAUACAACAAAGGUUUAAAUAUAUGGUUCAAUAAGGUAUUAAUAUAGUUCUGAAACUUUAAUUAAAACUGCUAUACUGAAAAUUUUAGGAAUAUUAAAUAUUAUUUUCCCCAUAGCCCUUCAUAUGGUAUUAGUGUUUUUUCUAUAUUUAUUUUCAUUUUCUAUCAUAAUUUAUAUUUUUGCUUGAAUUAUUAGAGUUAAUUUAAUUUGGUUUCAUAUUAUUAUUUUUUAGCUUCGAGAAUCUCAAACGAAAAUUGAAGAAUUGGAAACAUCGAAUAUGCAUCUUUUAAAACGGUUUGAUAAACUUAAGAAUGCAAAAUCAAGUUUAUUAAAAGAUUUAUGAUUAAUAAUUCUAUUUCCGAACAAAUUGAUAGUAAGAAUGUCUUAACACUUAAAAAUUAUUACUUACUAAUGUGUUUUUAUUUUUUUUUUUUUUUUUUUUUAAAUUAUUAGUAAUGGUAAAAUGUACUGUACAAUUCAUAUGUAUCUAUCAUAUAGUGGAAAGAUGUCUAAAAUCUAUGUAAACAAAUUAAAUUAUUAAAAUAAUUUAGUAAAUAAUUUUUAAUAAAUAAAUUUUUUUUAAUACUUCUUUAAUAACAAAAUAUUAAUAACAAUAGCA